GUUCCUCCCAGAUUAUAACACCUUCCCCCGCCAGGUAGGCAGGUUCUCGUGAACGAAUUGUGGCUGCUUCUCCGGCCAGAGAGGAUAUGGGAGGAGAUGGGACAGGGAUCCUGGAGUAGGAAAUAGGCAAUUAAAAAAAAAAAAAGAAAAAAAACCUCAGAAGGGUGGAGGAAGGAGCAGGGCCAGCUACUCAGACCAGGGAUAAAAGGCCUCGGUGAGUGACAAGGAAGCCAGAUGCCACCCCCACUCCACCAGACAGGAGACAUCAAGGUCUCUUGAAGCUUCCUUGGCCCUCACAUUCUCUCUGCAUUUGCCAGGAUCCAGCCACCAGCUCUCAGAAUGUUCUUCAUGCUGAUGGCUCUUCAGAUCUUGGCUCUAGCCAUGGCCCAGAACCAAGGGAAUGAGAACAAGAUAAUCGGUGGCUACACAUGCACCCAGGGCUCCCAACCGUGGCAGGCAGCCCUCCUGCAAGGCCCCCUGCGUCGUUUCCUCUGUGGAGGGUCCCUGCUGUCCAACCAGUGGGUCAUCACCGCUGCUCACUGCGCCCGCCCGAUACUUCAAGUUGCUCUGGGCAAGCACAACCUGAAGAUCCCGGAGGCCACACAGCAGGUGCUGCGCGUGGUCCGUAAGGUGCCACACCCCCGGUACAACUCGAGGACCAACGACAACGACCUGAUGCUGCUGCAGCUGGAGCGGCCCGCCCGGCUGGGGCCGAGGGUGCGGCCCAUCUCCGUCGCCAGCUCCUGCCCCCGCGUGGGCUCCUCCUGCCUUGUGUCGGGCUGGGGCACCAUCUCUAGUCCUGUUGCCAAGUACCCCAACUCUCUGCAAUGUGUGAACAUCAACAUCUCCUCGGAUCAGGAGUGUCGGCAGGCCUACUCUGGCGCCAUCACCCCGGGCAUGGUCUGUGCAGGGGUUCCCCAAGGCGGAAAGGACUCCUGUCAGGGUGACUCCGGGGGACCCCUGGUGUGCGGAGGGCAGCUCCAGGGCCUCGUGUCCUGGGGGAUGGAGCACUGUGCCCAGCCUGGUUACCCCGGCGUCUACACCAACCUGUGCAAAUAUCACACCUGGAUCCAGGGAACCAUACGGAGAAGAUCAUAGCCGGCGGGACAGAACAUCACCUGCCCACAUGCUCCCCAGACCUUGCCCUUCCCACUCAAGACCCAGGGACCCUAGCCCCCAGGUCCUCCUCCCUCAGACCCCCAGCAUCCUGAUCCUGACCCCUGGCUCAGAACUCCCCUCUCCCAGAGCAGUUCCUUCAGGGGUUCUCUCUGCACCCCUACCUCCUCCCCGUUAUCCAGGGUACCCCAAGACACCAGAGCAGGAGCAUGAACACAAAGGCAUUGAACUGGCACCGCAUUCCAAAGAAGACAAUUUUCAAGGCUCUCAGUGUCUCUAAAAACCAGAUAAAUGCUACUAAUAAAUUUUUAACAAUCCUACAACAAGGACCUACUGUAUAUCACAGGGGACUCUGCUCAAUGUUAUGCGGCACCUGGAUGGGAGGGGAGUUUGAGAGAGAGAGAAUACAUGUAUAUAGUAAGGCUGUGUCCCUUUGCUGUUCAUCUGAAAUUAUCACAACAUUGUUGUUAAUCGUCUAUGCCUGCGUGUUUAGCCGCUCAGUCACGUC